AUGAGUUGUGAGCUUGUGAGAAGCCCGGCCCAUUAAUGGCCCAGAACCCGUUCCUCAGUUAUCGGACUAUCCAUUUGUGGUCGUGAUCCGAUAGGAGUGUUUCCAUGCCCGUUAAAACGAAUUCCGAGAUUUCUCCGCUGACGUUGCGCGCCGGAAAAAAUGGCGGCGAUCCCCGCCUGCAAGCUCCCAACCACGAAUCCUAGAUUCGAUCCCAGCUCCGAGCUCCGUGGCCUCAACGCCGCCGGAUCUCGAUCGGUUCGCUUUCAGAGACGCCGUGUCCGAUCGGUGCUUUACGGCAACGGUGACAUCACGUCGUCGUCGACUGGCGAAGCCUUCGUCUCCGUUCCGGAGGUUCCGUCGGUGCCGAUGAUGCUGGGGUCGAUACCGCCGAAGAGGCCGAGGAAGAGUGUUUGCCUAUUUUAUUGUGAGGAGAUGCGGGAGCUCGCUGAACAAGUCGCCCUCGAGAGUGACGCCAUCCAGCUUCGUAGCAUCAAUUGGAGGACAUUUGAAGAUGGCUUUCCCAACCUAUUCAUACCAAAUGCUCAUGGCAUUCGUGGGCAGCAUGUAGCAUUUUUGGCCUCAUUGAGUUCUCCCAAAGUAUUAUUCGAACAGUUCUCUAUUAUUUAUGCAUUACCGAGGUUAUUUAUCUCUUCGUUCACUGUCAUCCUUCCGUUCUUCCCGACCGGGACCUAUGAGCGUAUGGAAGAUGAAGGAGAUGUACCAACAGCACCCAUUCUUGCCCGGUUCUUCUCAAACAUACCACUUUCCAGAGGUGGUCCAACUAGUUUAGUGAUUUUUGAUAUUCAUGCCUUGCAGGAGAGGUUCUACUUUGGGGAUAAUGUCUUACCAUGCUUUGAGAGUGGAAUACCACUGCUCAAGAAUAGGCUUCAAGAGCUUCCGGACUCUGAUAAUAUAUCUAUUGCUUUCCCCGAUGAAGGCUCAUGGAAACGAUUUCACCAGCAACUGCAGCAUUUCCCGGUGAUUAUAUGCACCAAAGUUCGGGAGGGAAACCAAAGGUUUGUCCGUCUCAAAGAAGGAAAUCCCAAUGGUCGACAUGUUGUGAUAGUGGAUGACUUGGUACAAUCAGGCAGCACACUAAUCGAAUGCCAGAAAGUAUUGGCAGCUCGUGGAGCAGCAAAAAUCAGUGCGUAUGUGACCCAUGGAAUCUUCCCAAAUGGGACAUGGGAGCGUUUCCAAUAUGAUAAUGGAGUGGGCCCAGAGAAGGGUUUGAGCUACUUCUGGAUCACCGAUUCCUGCCCUAUCACUGCAGCGCAGGUAAACGAUAGGCCACCAUUUGAGAUUCUCAGUCUGGCCCGACCCAUUGCAGAUGCCGUCCAGAUAUGAUUUUUUCUAUUUGGAACUUGUGUUCAUGUGUAAAGGCCCAUAAAAUAUCUGAGAAG